GUAUAAGAGCUGAGCUCAGGUGAGCUGGCUCAUCCUGUCCUGUCUCAGAGGCUGUCAGCAGGCAGAUCAUGAACCAUCAGCUCCUCCAGGGCAGGCAGUAGGACGACACAACUCUCACCAAAGGACCAAGCACACCAGGCACCAUGGGCCAGUGUCGGUCAGCCAAUGCUGAGGAUGCCCAGGAAUUGAGUGACGUGGAAAGGGCCAUUGAGACCCUCAUCAAGAACUUCCACCAGUACUCGGUGGAGGGUGGAAAGGAGACGCUGACCCCCUCUGAACUACAUGACCUGGUGACCCAGCAGCUGCCUCACCUCAUGCCGAGCAACUGUGGACUGGAAGAGAGAAUCGCCAACCUGGGCAGCUGUAACGACUCGAAACUAAAAUUUGGGAGUUUCUGGGAGCUGAUUGGAGAAGCAGCCAAGAGCGUGAAGCUGGGGAGCCCUGUCCCAGGGAGCUGAGAACCUUACCCUGGGAUUCUUUGGGGGGGAGUUGGGGAAGGGGGAGCCUAGAGACUGUGGGCACGGAAAUAAAACUCCUCUCUAUCAUCACCACACUGUUCCCCAGCUUGCACCUGUCUCACCUCUGCAAAGUUCAGGUUCAUUAUAGUCCAUCCUGGGGCUCUCUGCACUUCAUCCCUGGGAGCUCCAUGGAUGGAGCUAAUGGGUCCAGGAAGGGUCCAGGAAUCCCCACCAGAGGGAGGCUCACGGGUCAGGUUGGGGCCAGGGAUGGACGUGGAGGGGUAGGGAUGGUGUAAGGGCCACCCCUUUAGGUAGUGGGUGCAAGGCAGAGAGGAGCUGGGCUAGGGGAAAUGACUUGGAAGGGGCUGAAAAUAGAGCUGGAUAUUUUGUAUUAAAAAUGGUCUCCAAGAACCUGCCUCUCCUAAUCUAUCCCCAGCCCAAAUUAGCUGUCCGUCCAAUGCUAUCUGUUCCUGCCUCCAGCUCUGCCCCUGCCUCCUCCCAGGACUGUCCUUGGGCUAGGGCAGGGGAAGUGGGAGAGCAGGGUGGGGGACAGGCUAAGGAGGGUGUGACCUUCAGAGUGAGAGGAGCAGCUGGGUGCUUGGGUAUUUAAAGAAUGAUGGUUAUUUUGUAUCAUUUGAUUAAUAAAAAAUGGAAAAAGUGAAAGA